ACGCCUUCCCUGCCCCAGGCAAAUAGCAUAGGAAUAGCUAAACUAUCACUUCCACAGCCAGAAAGAGUGAAGAGGCUGGGGGAAAGAAAAAAAAAGGGGACGGGGCAGGAGAAAGAGUAAAAGAGAGAAGAAGAAAAACUGCAAAGGAGGAAAAAAAUAAAAGAAGAAGAAGUGAAGAGUCUGAGAGGACAAAGGCUUCUUAGAGAAGUUGUACAGAGGUGUGAGGAGGAGGAGGAGAGCAAACUUCAGACGGGAGGAAAAAGCUGCAGAACUUUACUCAUCUGGAUGUCAUUUGGUUGCCUGGAGCCGCUCGCAGUCCCAGGACGUACGAACUUGCACCAUGCACCUCCUGUUGGUAUGGAUUGUCCUCAGCACUGCAUGCACGGUCCUUACUGAAGGCUGCCCAGAUGGCUGUCAAUGCAACCAACCGUUUACAGUCUUCUGCUUGAGUCGCAAGGACUCCAGCUUUCCUCGGACCAUACCUCCAAACACCAUUAAUUUAUACCUCUUCGAGAAUGGCAUCAGCUCAGUCGAAGAGAGCAGUUUCUCUGGCCUGUGGGACCUGCAACUCCUAGAUCUAUCCCAUAACAAGUUGUCUAAUCUACCUGGAGGCGUCUUCAAAAGGCUGACCAACCUCAGCAACCUGGACCUUUCGUCAAACCAAAUCACUGAGAUCUCUGCAGAAACGUUUCAAGGUUUGAGUCGUCUGGAAAGGCUGUACCUCAGCGAGAACCACAUUCGGAGCAUUCAUCCAGAUGCCUUCAGAGGUCUUGAGAAUCUACUUGAACUCAAACUGACCAAAAACCAAUUAGUAGUCGCUCCAGCCUUCUCCUUACCUCAUCUUCUGCUCCUGGAUCUUAGUUAUAAUGCUAUCCCUGCCAUCCACCCUGGAGUCUUCCAUGCAAGAAACAUAGAGACCUUACGGUUGGCUGGUCUUGGCUUGAAAGAGGUGCCUGCAGAUCUGCUAAGUGAACUUAAGAAUCUUCAUGAGCUGGACCUAUCUGAUAAUCAGUUAUCUAAAGUGCCAUCAGGUCUACGGGGCUUGACCAAACUCAACCUAGCUGGCAAUGUGGCAAUAUCCCAGCUUCAGCUUGAUGACUUUUUAGGCCUAAGUGGAUUACAAGACUUAGAUCUAAGCAGAAUGAGCCUUCGCAAUUUGCCAAAGGGUCUCUUCCAAUCCACACCACGCCUCCGUGGUGUUAGUCUGGCCCAAAACCCUUUUAACUGUGUGUGCCUAUUAAGCUGGCUAACUGAAUGGUUGAGAGUCAGUGGAGUCGCUCUACUGCGCUCAGAAGAAACUCGUUGCCACUUCCCCCCUAAAAACGCAGGAAAGAUUUUACGUAACUUGCAAAAUUCGGACUUUGGAUGUCCUAUACCAACAACAGUCUUCGUGCCUACAACCUUGGCAAUUACCAGUACAGCUGCCCCACUUACGACAACAAAUCCAAGACCAACUUACGCACCAACCACCACCACCACCCCCACCACAACAAUAGCACCUAACAACCCAACGGAGGAGGAACCUGUUCUACCCACUGAAUAUGACCAUCAGUGUCCACCUCAAACUUGCUUGAAUGGUGGGUUAUGCCAUUUGGAUCACCUUGGAGAAGUGGAAUGUGAAUGUCCACCAGGAUUUUAUGGAAUGUACUGUGAGAUGCUAUCAUUAACACCAGCAGAUUUUACCGAGCCACCAGAAAUACUGCUGCAAGUACUAGAAAGGACUAGUAAUUCACUGAAGGUGGACCUACAAAGUUAUAUCCAAAGUAAGAAGCAUCUACUGGGACUACGGCUGACGGUGCAAAACCUCUCUGGAUCGGACGACAGGCCGGACACAUACCCGCUGCCUCCGACACUCCCACACUACACAUUGACAGGACUGAAUGCUAACAGCACAUACAGAAUUUGCCUUGGAUCGAUGCUAGGUGGAAGUGGAGAGACUGAAUUAUGCUCGGAAGCUCAGACUGAGGGAGAAUCUCCAACACCCAGUGCCCACAUUACACAAACCAGAGAUGGAAGUCUAACGUUAGUGCUGGUGCCUGCCAUAGCUGCCGGCAUCCUCCUCUUGGUGGUCAUAGUAAGUGCAGUCUGCUAUACACGGAGACGUAGGGAAAAAGCACAUGCAUGUGAAAAUGGAGGUCCUCUGGAGCUGGAAGGUGUAAAACCAGGCCUAGAUGAGAAAAGUGAGUUGAAAAAGUUAUCAGAGAGCCCAACAAGUAACGAAAGAGGUUGGGAGUCAGAAGAACCUCUCAUGGACUCCUCCAGAGUAGGAAAUAAUAAUGGCACACCAACAGGACGGCUUCCUCACUCCUACUUUUAAGCGGGACUCUAAAAACUGUGGACUUGUACACACUCCCAGGUACAAACAAAGGGAAUUUCCAAGAUCCAGACCAUGUUUGAGCACACGGGAAGACCUGCCCAGAAGACAGCAGUGCUGUCUAAAUAUUCGGGCAGAAGAUAAAACAGAAGGGGGGUAAACUGCUUACAGCCGAAGCGACAAGCAAGGGCGCUAUAUGGGAACAGUUGCAUGUGAGCAAAGUGACACUGCUUGUUGCUAAAACGAUGAAUCCUUCAGUUUCUGAAGUCUUCUUGCUGGGCUCCAAGAAGAUCCCAUGCACUGAAGGCUUGGACGGGCUUGCGCCUGCAUACGUGGGUUCUGACAUGACCCGGGCUGGACAGAACAUCAUCUCAGACAAGACACUGUUAUGAAAUAAUGCAUGCACCCUAUUCCUGCCAGCGUGGUCUCUUUCGGGUAAAUGAA